UACUCCCAAAUCGAACACGAAGAAGACGAAGAAGAAGAAACACUGAGCAAUGCACUCCACUCCACCGCACCCACCACCCCCGCAUCCCCAGAGCUUCCCCCAUAACUCCCCCAAGGAUCCCCGCGGCCACCCCCUCCUCUGCGUCCUCCUCCUCUCCCUCCUCUCCCUCCUCCUCCUCCUCCUCUCCCUCUCCUCCCCCCAUUCCCCACCUCCCCCCUCGUCCUCCUCCUCCGACGCGGCGGCGUCGGCGGCGGCGGCGGCGGCGGGGGUGGCGGAGAUCCCGUCCAUCGCCUACCUCAUCUCCGGGAGAUCUGGCGACGGCGACCGCAUCCUCCGCCUCCUGCUCGCGGCGUACCACCCCGGCAACCUCUACCUCCUCCACCUCGACCGCGCCGCGCCGCGCGCCCAGCGCGAGCGCCUCGCCCGCGCGGCGCGCGCCGCGCUGCGGGGCGGGGCGCGCAACGUGCACGUCGUCGGCGAGCCCGACUUCGCCAACCCCCGCGGCGCCUCCGCGCUCGCCGCGGCGCUCCACGGCGCCGCCGUGCUCCUCCGCCUCUCCCCGCGCUGGGGCUGGUUCGUCAACCUCGACGCCUCCGAUUACCCCCUCGUCACCCAGGACGAUCUACUUCAUGUCUUCUCCUUUUUACCGAAAGAUCUCAACUUUAUUCAGCACAGCAGUUAUAUUGGUUGGAGAGAGUCGCGGCGAAUAAGGCCAAUAAUUGUUGACCCUGGUCUUUAUCUCUCAACCAGGGCAGACGUAUUUUAUGCUACGCAAAAGCGUGAGCUGCCAGAUGCGUACAAGUUAUUCACUGGUGAUUCUUCUGUUAUUCUUAGUCGGAAAUUCAUUGAGUACUGCAUCUUGGGUACCAACAACUUGCCGAGAACUCUUCUUAUGUAUUACUCCAACAUGCCUUCACCACACCUGAACUACUUCCACACUGUCCUCUGCAACUCGCCCGAGUUCAACAGGACGGUCGUGAACCACAAUCUACACUAUGUAACCUGGGACAUGUCUUCAAGGAAGGAACCCCGCCUGCUUACUCUUGAUGACGUGGCAAAUCUGACCCGAUCUGGUGUGGCCUUUGCGACGCAGUUCGCCAAAGAUGACCCAGCUCUUGACCGCAUCGAUCAGGAAAUUCUAGGCCGCGGGCCUGGCAGGGUAGUUCCGGGAGGCUGGUGUUUAGGUGGGGGCCGGGGAGAUCCGUGUUCAAAAUGGGGUAGUCCGAAUGUUCUUAGACCUGGUCGAAGAGCCAUGGACCUUGCAAAUGCUAUUGCGCAACUUCUCACUCCAGAGAACCUCUAUUCUCAUCAGUGUAUAUGGGACUAAGCCAUGUAACAACAUCAGGUACUAUCUCCCACUGUAUUGUUUGUUUUUUGUUUUGGUAUGAUCUUAUUCCGAAAUUGGUGAUUCUUGUGCUAGUUGGUGGCACUUGGUUAGAUUAGUUUAGGAGGGUGAGAAAGGCCUGUAUUGUUUUUUGAUGAGACAUGUAUAGUGUUGUUAAGCCAUUUGAUGCCGCAAUUUAAAAUGCGCAACUUGUUGUUGGCAUGGAUCUAUCAAUCUCUGUAUUGGAUUGGACCUUGUUUGUAGAUAUUAAAGUAAGCAGAAUACAAAGAGGGGGUCACUGGAUCCAAUGGCCUUGUGACUCAGAGAAAAUGAUUCAGGGUACAUUUGGUAACCAGCAUUGGAUUUGACAGGGUAAGAUGAGGAGCAGUUUGGGGGAAAGAUUGCUGGUUUAGUAACGCAUGGGGAUCGGCGUCAUGAGAGGAAUCCGAUCGGACCAAAUGAGUCUAUUAGGAUGGGAUUAUCGCUUCCUAUGGAGGCUGUAAUGUACAACUUAAGCAAUGUGAAUACCUAUUACACAUUGGUCUCAUGUUACAAUAUCAAAUUACCAGAAUCUAAUCAAGAAUAUUGGAAAAUUUAUAUCUA